CCAAGCGCAGUCUAACUCACAGCGAGAUAAGUGGAAUGAGACGAUAUUCAAAUGAGGCUAUUAUGUGCGUUGUGAAAGCCGUCAACAAGGGGUUACAAAUAUAUCUACCUCGUCUCUACCAGGGACUUUUAGGUAGCACUGGGUUAAAUUAAAUACUGCAUGAACGAAGCUUGGGCACUGACAAUAGACAACACGCUGACGAUACAAGAACGCUUCCAUAUAGGGCACCUAAAGCAUUACUUUUGCCUAGCAGGUGACAUAAGGAUUGUGCCAAGUGUACUUGUGACUUUCAACUUGCUUAUGAGUAACUGACAAGCAAAUAAGUAGUGUUGGAAUCGGAGACAUUGGCUUUGGUAGUGACUGUGACAGGAUCUUAACUGCUCAGUAACGGAUGCGCCCACUUUCCUGGUACACGAGAUUAGCCAGCGGUGCAACACGAGGGGAGAGCAGUGUGAACAGAAGAGAUAUCAAAUCGUCGCAUGCUCAUCUCCAACUUGCAGUUGCAUGGACAUCGUAUCCGAACUGAUGUAUCAAAGGACAGAACUGUAGUUCACCAUAACUAACGUCGAAGCAGAAAAUCAAAGCUCUCCAAAAUGCCGAGGACAUUUUUAGCUAUCUUGGAAAGACUCGGGGAGUUCUUCAGGCGUACUUCCGUACAGCGGGUCCUUGUCCUCGUCGCGGGGUGUCUUGGGAUCGCUUUCGCCGGGACGAUCUUCGCUUUCAGCUCGUUUCAACUGGCGCUGAAACAGAGAUAUUCCUUCUCACAAUCUACGGUUGAAAACAUAGCCUCCUUGGGAAACAUGGGUAUUGCGUUUGGUGUCCUCCCAGGGUAUCUGACCGACAAAUAUGGCGGGAAACUUACGCUGUUUAUUGCAAUCAUCUUACAGUCGGGUGCAUACGUGGUGCUGUGGUCUGCGGCUCCUCUCGUGAGUUUCUAUAAUAGAGAGGCCUGGUUAUUACAUUUGUAUUUCUUCUUCGUGGGUUUAGGGGGCAGUUUCACAUACUUCAGCAUCCUCACAAUUAAUGUUGGAAACUUCCCUCGCCGACACCAUGGCAAGGUGAUCGGUCUCUUGGAUGCCUUCCUCAGUGCAGGGAAAGCUGUGUGUGCCGGUAUAUAUGGUGGCCUCUUCGUCAAUGGGCACAUUAACGGAGACGAAAGAAAACAAGACCUAGCAGGGUAUUUCAUAACAAUUGCAGUACUGGUUGCAGUAGUGAAUACAAUAUGUCUGCUGACCCAGAAACGCUUUCCACCGGAACCAGAAGUGGAUCGGGGUGAAGCAGACGACAGCAUUGAGUUGGUGACUCAAAAUUCCGAACCUAGUGAAAGCACAAGUUUGACACAAGUCAAACCCCAUAUAAGCGAGGACGAUCAAACGAUCUUAGUUUUAUUUAAAGACUGGGACUUCUGGUACAUGCUGCUCAUCGUGACGUUUGGCACAUCGGUACAAUUAACUAUCAUUGCAAAUUAUACACUCUUCCUGCAGUCAUUCGGCCAUGAAGAGCUUAACGUCGCUUUUACUGUCGCUUCCCCCUUAGUCGGCUGCUUUGCUAAGGCUUUCAGCGGGCUUUUGUCUGACUUUGUGAUCAAGGAACUCCCAAGGGAAUAUUUCGUGCUUAUAACAGCCGCGGCACAAACUAUUAUUUUGGUACUAUUCAUCUUUUAUGGAGAUAGUGUACUUAUGAUGAUCUUCCUUGUUAUCGGAAUCAACAUACCCAAUGGGGCGUUAUGGAGCCUGGCGCCCGUUAUAACCGUUGAGAUUUUUGGAUUGAAGCACCUCGGGAGGAACUGGGGCUUCUUUCAGGCCGGAAGUUGCAUUGGUGUUGUCGUGCUUCAAAGGAUAUAUGGCGCCUUAUAUGAUUAUUAUGGUUAUAUUGACGCCACGACCGGCGAAACAAAGUGCUUCGGGCGCAAGUGCUUCAUGCUCAGCACAACUGUUUCCGCUGUACUCAGCGCAUGCUCGGUGCUUCUUCUAAUUGGACUUUUGGAACGAAAAUACAAUGCACUAAGAAAAAGAUAAUGUUGGAUUAAAACUUUAG